AAGUGCUUUUUAGGUGAUCGGCAGCCUCCUGUAAUACUUAUCCACAAAUCUGUUCCAAUAAUUUUCAUAUAAGUUAAUUUAAAAAAAUAGUGAAUAUAAUUUUGAAUAUUUAGAAAAAAAUCAAAAGGAUAAAAUUGUGGAUAUGUCGCUUUUGGCAAGGACACUAAAUAGGGUGCUUUUUCAAAGCGCUGCUGCAACUUCACGUUCCCUGCACCAAACUAGUGCGGUUCAAUCUACUGCUGCGGAACCAGAUCUGCAUCCCGAUUCGAAAAGGGCAACAUGUACAUUGAUUCCAGGUGACGGUGUAGGUCCCGAACUAACUCAAGCACUUACUGAAAUUUUCAAGGGCGCUGAUGUACCUGUUGAUUUUGAACCAUUCUUUUUAUCUGAAGUUAAUACUAUGAUGAGCGCUAAACUGGAAGAUGUCGUAAAAUCUAUCCAAAAGAACAAAAUUUGCAUCAAAGGAAUUCUUGCAACGCCCGGCUAUAGUGUAGAUGGAGAAUUGCAAUCACUAAAUAUGAAGUUAAGGACAGCUCUUGAUCUAUACGCUAAUGUUGUACAUGUCCGCAGUUUACCUGGGGUACAUACAAGACACAAGAAUAUCGAUUGUGUUAUUAUUCGUGAACAAACUGAAGGUGAAUAUUCUGCUUUGGAACAUGAGUCAGUUCCUGGAAUUGUGGAAUGUUUGAAAAUAGUCACCGCUAAAAAGUCUUCUCGAAUUGCUAAGUUUGCUUUUGAUUAUGCCACCAAAAAUAAGCGUAAGAAGGUUACAGCUAUCCAUAAAGCCAAUAUUAUGAAAUUAGGUGAUGGUUUAUUUUUAAGAAGUGUUGAAGAAAUAUCCAAAUUAUAUCCAAGAAUCGCAUUUGACAAAAUGAUUGUUGACAACACCACUAUGCAAAUAGUUUCAAACCCAAAUCAAUUUGAUGUAAUGGUUACUCCGAAUCUUUAUGGUAGCAUUGUUGAUAAUAUUGCUUGCGGUUUAGUAGGAGGUGCUGGUGUCGUUGCUGGAGCUUCUUAUUCGGCAGAUACUGUAGUAUUUGAACCAGGAGCAAGACAUACUUUUGCUGAAGCUGUUGGUAAAAAUGUAGCAAAUCCAACUGCUAUGUUUCUUUGUGGUACAAAACUUUUACGUCAUAUUAAUCUUAACGAGCAUAGUGAGCGGCUUCAAAAUGCCAUAUUUAAAGUUUUAUCAGACGGAAAAAUAAAAACCAAAGAUUUGGGUGGACAGUCGACUACUCAAGAAUUUACGCAUGCUGUAAUUCAUAAUAUUGAAUAAUUUUGAUCUGACAUCUAAAGUAAAAAGUUAGGGAUUUAACUAAAAAAAAAUUGUUAUUGGCUGGUUCCGUAAAUUAUUAUCUCAUCAAAAUUAAAUGUUUAUUUUCAAGUUAUUUUAAUUUAAAACAAUUGUACGUUUUAAUUAAUUUAAAAUUUUAAAAUUGUAUUUACCACCAUACUUUUGGCGUAUAUACCAAUAAAAUCUUUACUGGACAAUAUUUAUGCUUUAAAAACGUUGUUAUUUUUAAAGUUUAUUUAUUUUGUUAUUUAAAAAUAAAUUUCUAAAAUUAAA